CUCAUUGUAGUCAGCAGCGUGGGCGACGCACAAGUUGUCUCAAGACUUCGCUUCGAUGCGGCUUUCACGCAUCUCGUGGAGGCUCUGGGCGGCUGCUGGGAGACUGCUGGGAGUCAAGGGACUUGACGAAGACAAACUCUGUUACCGAGUUUAAAGUCAACUGACAUGGAUCAUAAUUGCACUCCGCCUCGGGAGUGCACCGCGAUCUCAUUGGCCGACAUCCGAAUAGACAUAAUGAGCGGUAUCCAAAUGGGACGUUCCCGCAGAUCUGCGAUCGAGGGCUGGAAGGAUUGCACACUGAUUGCACUCACUUGCACCAAACUUGCAACACGCGUUGUAGAACUCAUUCAGGUCUUAGGACAUCAGCUCCGAUAGCAAACCCUUGAAAGUCCAUUCGACACGAGAUCCUGAGGUUUGCCGGCGUAGAAUGCCCGAUACAACGGUCGCCUUUGAUACGUCGAAGGCCACAUGGUGACCUGCAUGUUGAACGGGUGAAUGCAGUGUGAAUGCGAGUGGCUCACAGGUUCCUGACCAGUCCUGACCCUUCCUGACCGUGGCCCUCCGCCAAAAGAAUCGCGCGUCCCGCAUAUGUGAUCAGAUGUGACCUUGAUCCGUUGCUAGCCAUCUUUGCCCCUUGUUCUCCCGACAAACUCAGAUCCGUCUUUUUCGAAAGACGCUACGCCAAUCCAUCGUUCAUGUUCUCCCAUGUUCUCCCCAGGCCGGAAGCCCUGCCUAUAUA